AUGAUCUCGACAACUUACGAAAUAUGGUUGCUGGUUUUUGAUACCACGAGGUCGCCAACUUGCCAGACUGACAACUCAGUUCUACCACAUCUAGAAAUAGGUAGGAUGCUAGGCAGUGAACUAAGGAACUAUCAAUUUCCAGUGGGCAGUACCACAACAUAUUGUCCCGGAAACAACUCGCAAAUUCCUCCAAAGCUUUGCCAAAAAAAAUCAAUAUCAUCGAUAGUUUCUAGCCUGGGUAUAUGUGUCUUAGUUGUCGGCUACACUGUCCUUGGAGCGCUAACGUUCAUGGCGCUGGAAGGGAAGUCUAACCUGCAAGCAGAUACAAAGAGCACCGAGCACGAUACUCUUAGAUCUCAGACAGUGGAGAAACUUUGGAGUAUUACUGAAGACCUUAAUAUUUUGUACAAAGACAAUUGGACUAGGUUAGCAGAGCAAGAAGUACUCAAGUUCCAGAAUCUGUUGGUCGACAGGCAUAAGCUCUCAGGAAAUGGUCAAAGAAAUUACAAUUGGAGCUUUUCUUCAGCUUUUCUGUACUCUCUUACUUUGAUAACAACAAUAGGUUAUGGAAGUAUAACUCCAAGAACAGCAUGGGGAAGAUUGAUUACAAUUGCCUACGCGCUGAUCGGUAUUCCCUUAAUGCUUGUCUACUUGUCGACAGUCGGUGAUACAUUAGCUCAACAUUUUCGUCAAUUUUAUUAUAAACUAUCCCAAUCAAGAAACUCAAAAACUAAAAGUAAAUUAAACAAAAAUGAAUCUUCAGCUUUACAAUCCAAAGCACCAUUAGAAAACCACAUAAGUAAAAAGCAGCGAGAAAUAGGAUUCGAAAAUCCUCCAAAAAAGCGAGUACCAAUCUUUUUGACGAUCCUAAUCGUAAUUGUAUAUAUUAUAGGAGGUGCUUUCAUAUUUAAUAAAUUAGAAAACUGGACAUUCAUCGAAGGGUCAUAUUUCUGUUUUACAAGUUUGGGAACGAUCGGGUUUGGAGAACUGAUUCCAGGAGCUGCUAGUGGGACUAAUGGGGUAUCGGUAUUUGUGUCAUCAGCAUUCAUUCUUAUAGGGAUGGCAAUCGUUGCAAUGUGUUUCAAUUUGAUUCAAGAUGAGACAGUGAUCAUUGCAAAAAAGAUGUCACUGUGGUGGCAUAAGACUGGAAAGCUGGAAGAAGAGGAAAUGUCAAUAACUGUCAAGACUUCUUGACACAACGAUCCAUCGCCAGGCUGCGACUUGACGCUCAAGAAGAUUCCACCAGAGCUGAAGCACUACAGCUUACCGAGGAGGAAGGAACCACUCCGGUACCCAAACCACUUCACCAGGGCGACGCCAGUCCGCAACUCCACUGGUCAUGGAACAAGAACUCAGGAGCCUCUUAUUGAAUACUUCGUCCCGCGUAGCGUCAGUGAAUUCAAUCUGUCAGUUCUCGUCGAUCCCAUCCCCCCUCUGCCCCCCUCAGCACUCAGAUCCUCUGUCAGUAAAUCCCGUGACAAAAUGGUCACGUUUGAAGACGACCAAGUAUCAGCUCCUAAGAAAGAGGUGACACUGGAAGAUAUAUUUAUGUGACGGAAAUUUGGACAAUGAAGUUCCAUUGGAUGACCGACAUAGUGUAGUGCAUAAAGACUGAAUUUAUUUUGUAAACUCAAUAUAAUGAUUUCAAACGGUGUUAUUGUUCACUAUUGGUAUUCAUUUCGUCAAAAAAUUAAUAUAAGAUAUUUAUUCGGGCGUGAUUUGUAAACAUGUUCAUUCAAGCGAUUAUUUGUUUUGGCUGAAAAAAGUGUGAAUGAUCUGUUUCGACAAGACACAAUCAGUUAUGUUUGAUGAAAAUGAUUCGUUCAGCCAAUUCAAGGCCGAGUAUGAAUUAUUAAAAUAUUUCAUAGUG